AUACCGUUUCCUUUCAGCCUGAUUUCGCUUUCCAUGUGUCUCUCUGCUGCUAAUUCUGCCGGCCACUUAAGCAGCCAUGGUGAAGUUGCCCCAAAUCAUGCUGGCAUCACGUUUGCAAUUAGCAACACCCUUGCUACUAUACCUGGUGUCUUAUGCGGGCCAUUAACUGCUGAGCUUGUGAUGCAAUCGAGUGGCCGCUGGUUUCCCGUAUUCGUACUCGCCGGUUUCAUCAAUCUUGCCUCAGCACUAGCCUACAUCAGCCAAUCAGCGGCCCAUCAAGUAGUGUGA